GUCACGGAAACACGUUAAACACUUUUCUGUUACUGGGACUUGCCAUUUACCCAUUGAAGGGAAAAGAGACAGGUUAUGGCAAAUCUUGCCAGACAGUUACCAACAUAUAUUUUUACGGCAUGUGGGAGGAAAUAGCUGUAAAUUUAUGCAAGAAAGUAUCUGAUACAUUUUUGAGAGAAUACCUACAUACAUUCUGUAGUGGCAGUGCACAUCCUUCAGGUAGCAAAGAAAAUAACGAAAUAGCAGGUGUGAUAGAGACUAGCUGGAGGGAAUGGGGUUGGCCAAUUGUCAAUCGUCAAGAAUUUUAUGUGACUUUGCCACUAGGGCCUCCAGAGAAUGGUCCAUGGAAUGAAGUCCUUCUUACUGACGAAAGUGGUUCUCAUGUUUUGCACAGAGCUCAAAACAGCGUUACUACGCCACCUAAUUGUGUGGAGCUCAAUGGGCAACUGGCCUCUGUAAACUCAAAGAAUUGUCAUUUACCAGUUUAUCAGGCAUAUUCUUGCUCAGGAGAAGCAUUUGGACAUUUUGUAUUUGUGAAUUAUGCAAAUCGUAAUGACUUGCUUCUGUUUGAUAAAUUACAAGAACGAAAGAAAGGUCAGCCAAGUCUGUUAUGCAACAAGAACAUAGUUGUUAUAGCUCGACUUGGUAAAGGAACGCGACAAUCCAAGUUAAGAAAUCUAAUGAAACAUUGCGAUUGUGGUCAUAAUGGUGAUCCACUCCCAGAUCAUCAUCCUGGAGGACUUAUUCUCUAUCCUGAUCCAAGUGAUUUUACUGUAAAUCAUCGUGUAUACCCUGAUGGAAGUGGACUUCCUGGAGAUGCACCGGUAUUUGGCCAUAUUAAUAUGAAGCACGGUGGAGGCGAUCCGAAUUGCACUGGUUUUCCAUCACUACCUCAUAUUUACAAAACAGAUGCUUUAGUACCGGGUGAGGCACUUACUGAGAUUCCUGUUCAACCUAUUGGUUAUAAUGACGCGAAAAUAUUUUUGUCAUAUCUGCAAGGACCUAGUGUUCCUAGUGAUUGGGAAAUGAGCUUAGCAAGAAAUUUGGGACCAUCAUCUAACAGCUGUUUGAAAAUAAUUGUCAAUAAUAAAGUCUCUACAAAUCCUGUGAAGUUAUGCAAUGUAAUUGGGAUUAUGCCUGGAGAAAUUACAUCCGUUAGCAACGAAGCAGAUCAGUAUGUGAUUAUGGGUAAUCAUCAUGAUGCUUGGGUUCAAGGUGCAUGUGAUCCAGGAUCAGGUAUGGUGAUUCUACAGCAGAUUGCUCAAAUUCUAGGUGAAGCCUAUCGUGAUGGUUUUAGACCUCGUCGUACCAUAAUCCUUGGUUCUUGGGAUGGUGAAGAAUUCUCUCUGUUGGGUUCCACACAUUUUGUACAAAACUUGGAAUAUGAACUAUUAUCCAGAUGUGUUGUUUAUAUCAACUCAGAUUGUCCAAUAAAAGGUCAUAAAACAUUUUCUGCUCGAACAGAUCAACUGUUAGUUGAUAGUUUUUAUAAAGCUGCGAAAUUAGUUCAAAUUGAUCCACCGGAGAAUAUUCAGUCACUUUAUGAUGAAUGGUUGAAUGAUGGAUCAACUGAUCGUAAUGAGCCCAUUGUAUCUCCUCUUGGCGGUGGAUCAGAUCAUAUACCAUUUGCUUAUCGUUUGGGAAUUCCAUCUACUUAUCCAGAAUUUUGGCCAGAUGAUGGAUUAUACAACGCAUCAGUGUAUCAUACAGCUUAUGAUGUUGUUGAUGUCGUAGAGAGAUUCACUGAUCCUGCUUCACCAAUCACUGGUCACCUUCCUCGACAUCGACUAAUUUCUCGUUUAAUCCUAACCCUGAUUAUUCAGUUUGCCUGUGCUCCUCGUCUUCCGCUAUCUCCUUUGAGGUUGUCUCAAUGUUUGCUAGAUAACUGGUCACAAUUUAUGGAAUUAGUAGCUGGUCAAAUACCAAAUAUAGUGGAGUAUGGUGUACAUUUAGACUGGAUUACAGAAGAACUUGAAAAUUUUAAAAAGUCAUCGCAAGAUUUCGAAGAAUUUGUGAGUUCGGUAGAACAAAAUCAUAAUGAUUUUCCAUCAUAUCUCAAUCGAAUACUUUCUGGUAUUGCCAAGCAUUUUGUGCUAGUUACCAGUCAGACUGAAAAAGCACCUUUGAGAAAUAUCAUCCAAGGGACAACAGGUUAUAAUUCCGUUUAUUUUCCCUAUGUUAAAUCUUCGUAUGAAAAGUUCAGAAAUUUAUACAACAGGUGUCAAACAGAAAUCUUACAGUCCAGUGAACUGAAUGAAUUCAAAGUGGAACUUUCAAAUAUCUCGAACUGUCUACAACAAAUUUGUAAUUGGCUUCGAAAUGGUUUAAUCGGUUUACAUGUUUCUUCAACAGUUUAGUUGGCAUUUUCUUCAUACUUAUAUUUACAUGUAUUAUUUGUUUGGCUGUUAUUUCUACUGAUUUUUUUUCUUUCGAUGUGCGAUUCAUCUAUCUAGCUAUGGUGUUUUUCACUUAUGUAUUAGGAAG